AUGCCUUCGCCGAUCAAAGGACUGGGACUCGGCAUGGACGAACUCGAGCAGCUGGUAUCUUCGACGUUCAGAGACUUUGACCUUUACAACCCGGACCUCCAGCUCGAGCAGCUUCUCGCCCCUCCUUCCACUUUCGACGACCACGACCGGCCCCGGUCCGGCGCAGGGACUCCCGCCGUCGACCAUCCGCCCCGCCCGGCUUCCCGGCUCACGACCACGACCACGCUGCUCCGCAAAGUCAAGUCUCAUGCCUCUGCUUUCCUCACCUCGCGCGCGACGACUCCCAAACCGCCAAAGUCGCCCGCUCUUCCCCCGCGCGAGAGGACAAAGUCGGUGCCCAAACCCAUGUUUCCCUUCAGACGUGGAUCAGAACCCAAACCGCCUCUGCCGCCCGUUCCUCCCCUGCCGCGCACGCCCGCGGCCAGUCUUGACCAUGAACGCACCCAUCUGCCUUAUCCGACUCGGACAUAUACGCCCAUACCCGCGCCAGAUUCUCCAGCUUCUGGCUCUUCACUCGGAUCCCCUUCCAGAGCAAAGCGGCGCGGAGGGUUGCCUUCUGUUUUCGAGUCUGACAAUGGUACUGCUCGCGCCCUCUUCGUCAAUGUAUGCGAACCGCCCAGUCCUCCUCCCAAGUCUCCCCGCCAUAAUCAGGUGGACACAAAGCCACUGUUGAACAGGAUCGACACUGGGUCGUUUCAUGCUCAUCAGCUCCUCUCCGUGCACUCGCGGCACCCGGACAUCCUCUGGACUCCCGAGCUCACCAACGCAUCCCCAUCGCAGUCCUCCCCUGCUUCAUCGCAAUCAUCAGCGGCCUCCAACAAGCAGUCUCCUAUCACGCCGUCCAACGAAGAAAGCGUACUUUUCGACAACGACGAUCCCUUUCGCAAAGAGGAUCCACCGAACCAGCUACGCCUAUCUUCAGACGCCUCCCCUCCGCGUCCUCGGGCCCCGAGAUCAAAGUCUGCACCCAAGAUGCACAAGUCUGGUAUAAGACCGUCUCCAUCGCUGUCUUUACACCCAGCGCUCACGCUCGCCUCCGCCUCACCUGCGCACCUCCCGCACGAUCCCGCUGCCACUGUAAACUCGACACCGCGUGGUGCUCUAGUCUCGUCCGCGAACGGCUCCAGCCUCUUCUUACCCUUUCCGCUUCCGCCCGACGCAACGGAAGACGUGAUUAGCGUGCGUGUUGCUACGCCUGUCGGCAAUGCAUUCCCGCCUGCGCGACCGCCGCCAGUGCGUCCCCUUCCCAAAACGCCUCCUGGAAGCCCCUGGCGCCCAUCGCGACAGCCUCGCACUGCUCCCCCCACGCAAACGACAUUUGGCUUUCCGUCACCGAAGCGUAUCGGCGCGAAGGUCUCGUCCUCGCGGUCAACGAAGCGGUCUCUAUCGCGUUCGGGGUCUCGCGAAAAGUUGUCGGCACUUCGACAAGUGCAGGCAGCCUCCAAGUCGGUCGCUGUGCGCCCGUUGCCAUCCAGACCUCACUACUCAAAUACGCCGCCUUCGAAUUUCGAUGCAUUCCUGGCAUACGCCGCGCCCCGCGCUCAGCCGCAGGCGCCGAUCCUGCAGGCGCCCCCACUUGGACGCAGGCGUCGUCGGCCCAGCUCUCCCUUCCCUCUUCUGGAGUCGACACCCGCGGUGGGGCCGACGCACUCAUGCUCUUCCGCUGGAGAUGGGCGAGUGAUCUCUCUUGAACCGCAUCCGCGCCCACCGCGAGCUGCUCGACAGGAGGUACGAGCCGUCGUUGAUGCGAUGCUCGCUGGAGAUGUCUCUUUCACAAACCCGUGGGCUUCGCCCACGCUGAGCACGAGCGACAUGGAGUCUCAUCUGGACAUGCUCCCCGACUCCGAUCUCGAACCAGAUGCAUUUGCGGCCAGGAAUUGGAAGAAAUCGAGCGUGUCCAGCGCCUCUACCGUAUUCAGUACCCGCACGGCCUCCAGCACAGCAACACAAAGUACUGUCACCAAUGCGACCACAAUAUCGCCUUCUACGAGUCCUGACACGACGAGUCCUUACAUCGGUAUCGCACCUCUGCCGCUUGAUCACGAUAACGACCCUCUUGGCCUUGCUGCUCGUUCCACUGCGCCAUGGGCUCGCCCGCACAAGGUUCAAACGGCCAUUCUACUGCGCAAUAACCCGUCGGCUUCUUCUGGCGAGAACCCCUCGCUUGAGUGCCCUCGCCCAUCGCACGAGUCGGACGGCAAGUCGGAGACGUACUAUACAGCAGGAUCACGAUCAAGUUCGCCACGCCGGUCCGAGGCGGAUACAUCAGCGCCACAUCCUCUACCUCCCGUGUCCUAUGCGCACACUGCCGAUCUUACGGCUAUACGCCGGGCUCAGUCGCCCGUUCCCUUCCCGCGAAUGAUCCCGGCCCCUCUCACGGCCCCUGCGUACGUCGCGACCUUCGUCCAGGCGGAGUCUGCGCGUGAGCAUCCCCCGCCUAUGUUAUGUGUAACGGCGCCCUCGCCAUUUGCGAGUAAUGCCCCAGCCUCGCCCUCAGGCGGUCGCAAGCGGCGCAGCUUUCUGCCCUUGCCCGCCAUACCUAGGAUCGCUCCCUUGGACUUCGGUAUCCUUGGGCACAGCUCAGAACGUGAAGAUAGGCAAGGCCGCAAAGUUACCGGUAGCGGGUGGUUUGACUGA